GUGGUCGAGGACAUCGGCGCCGCCGACGAGGUCGCCGUUUCCUUCGUCGGCCAGUGGAGGGAGAACGCUGCCGAGUCCGAGAACGACGCGCCCUUGGACCGCGCGCUCGCCCUGGGGCCCGACGACGAGGAGGGCGUCGAGGAAGCGAGCGCGACGGCCGAAGCUUCCCGCGGCUUCUCACCCGCGGGCGCUGAUCGCGCAGGUCUCGAGCAGGACGUCGGGGCCAUCGAGCUGGAGGUGCGCGGCGUGAUCGUCGCCGGCGGUUCUCGGUUCUUUCACUUGAAGUGGGCGUCGCCGGGGACGGCGGGUCGCCCGCUGCUGCCGAGCCGCGUUGCUUCGUCGCAAGCAUCCAGGUGCGGCGGGACCUCGCCGCGAAGAGCACCGUGGGUGCACUUCGCGCUCUUGUCCAGUUUUGUUCUUUGCGCGGGGUUGAUGUGCAUCUUCGGGGUCAGCGUCGGCGCCGACAACGGGGCGCGCGCGGAGGCGCUCAUUUGUUCCACCGCGUCUCGGAGCCACCGCGUCGAUGAAACGGGCGACGCGUUCUCCAGGGAGUGGCUGGCAGGCCGCGGGCUGUGGCGGCGCCGGGAGGAUGCGCUGCUCGCCAGGCGCGGGGCGGUCGAUGUCGCCGUCUCCACGGCAGCGGUUGGCGCGUUUGUCGCAGCCGUUGUCGACGACCUGCUGCAG